CAUGUAAAGUCUUGUGUUUGCUUGAUCUCGCUUGUUGAGUUUGUUUAGUUCAUGGAAUUAAAUAAAGUGGACGGUGGAUUUCCAUAUUUUCAUUUAAUUUGAGUUUGAAAUCCAUCAUAAAUGAAGCUUUUAAAACCCAGUUGGGUCAAUCAUGAAGAUAAACCUAUAUUUUCGGUGGAUAUCCAUCCUGCGGGCAAGCGAUUUGCCACCGGCGGUCAGGGCGGCGACUCAGGGCGCGUUGUGGUAUGGAACCUCAAUUCGGUGCUAGACGAGUCGGUGGAGGUGGACCCGAACAUACCCAGGAUGCUGUGCCAAAUGGACAAUCAUUUAGCAUGUGUCAACUGUGUUCGAUGGAGUAAUGGUGGCCGCUAUCUUGCAUCUGGUGGUGACGACAGGCUGGUAAUGGUCUGGGGUCUCAGUGUUGCGGCAGGGGCAGCGGGGAAAUACAAGGCGGAGACCUGGAGAUGCCUGUCUACGCUACGAGGACAUGCGGGUGACGUACUGGACCUGGCGUGGUCUCCACUAGACAAAUGGCUAGCUAGCUGCAGUGUCGACAACACCAUUAUUAUUUGGAAUGCUGAGAAGUUUCCGGAAAUGGUGUGCGUACUAAACGGGCAUACAGGUCUUGUGAAGGGUGUCGCUUGGGACCCAGUUGGCAAAUAUAUCGCUUCGCAAUCAGAUGACAAAUCUCUCAGAGUUUGGAAGACAGCAGACUGGGCACCGGAAACAGUCAUAACAGAGCCAUUUGAUGAGUGUGGAGGCACAACGCACGUGCUGCGUCUGUCGUGGUCCCCGGACGGGCAGUACGUGGUGUCGGCGCACGCGAUGAACGGCGGCGGCCCCACCGCGCAGGUGGUGGAGCGCGACGGCUGGCGCUGCGACAAGGACUUCGUGGGACACAGGAAGGCUGUCACCUGUGCGAGAUUCAACAAUAACAUAUUCGUGAAAGAGGGAAAGAAGUACUGUUGCGCGGCGUUGGGGUCGCGUGACCGCGCGCUGUCCAUCUGGCUGACGUCGCUCAAGCGGCCGCUGGUCGUGGUCCACGACUUGUUCGGGGACUCCGUGCUCGACAUUUCUUGGAGCUCCGAUGGUUUGAAUCUCCUCGCUUGCAGUACGGACGGCUCAGUCGCGUGUAUACAAUUCACUAACAAAGAAAUCGGGACCCCACUUUCAAAAGAUGAAAAGAACGCAUUCUACGAGAAGAUCUACGGCAAAUGUCUCGCCAAUUCGGGGGGCGGGGAGCUGACGUCCAACCUGUUGGUGGAGUGCGCGGAGAUCAUGCUGGCGCGAGAGAGACAGCAGCCCGGGGCUCCGCAGCUGGACACCACGCCCAAAGCUGACAAGUCACAAUCCCGAGUGUCAGCACCCUCGCUGUCAGCGUCCCCCGCGUCCCCGCUGCUGCGGCCGAUGGACAGGCAGAUAGAGACGAGGACUUCUGACGGCAAGAGGAGGAUCACCCCCGUGUUCAUACCGCUCACACAGGCUGAUGCCAACCAAUUGUAUUGCAGUGAGUCGCUGGGUUCCCUCCCGGGCGGCGGCCCCGAGAACUGCUUCAGCACGUCCUCGCAAAGCAAGUCCCGCAUCCGCGUGGAGGUGAGGGACAUCGUCAUUCAGCCCAACGUCAGCAACCACGCCGUCCACAUCAACGACAAUUGUUUCCCCAGCGGUCUAGACAGCCGCCUGCGCAAGCGCAGCGCGUCGUCGCUGCCGGGCCCCUGCGCGCAGCAGCUGUCCAGCAAGCGCGCGGGCGCCGGUGCCCCCCGCGCGCCCCCCAGCGCCCCCGCGCUGGCGCCCCCGCCGCUGGGCUCCGCCGGACCCGUGGUCCGCGCCGCGGGCUCUCACAGGCUACAGGUUGUGAACAAAGCGUGCAACACACACUACGGCACCCUGUCCAAGUUGCAGCUGAUACCUAACAACUCCAUACUCAAUGAUCCAGUAUGGGAGUGUUACUUAGGCAGCGCAGUGACGUGCGUCGCGUGUGACGCGCGCUGGGCGGCGCUGUGCACAGCGGACGCAGUGCUGCACGUGUUCCGGCUGGCCGGCGGCGGCGCCUGCAGGGCUCUGCCCCCGCUGGCGUUGAUGUCCCAAGCGGCAAAACUGACAAUAUCGGGGGACACGCUUGCAGUGGUGACCACCACCGCUGAACUCGCCAUAUGGGAUAUGGCCGGCGACGUCUGCCUCGUGCGACCUUUGAGCUUCAGGAGUUUGUUGACCGAAGGCGUAACGGUCACAAACUGCACCUUAUUGGAGGACGGCAACCCAUUGAUCUCACUUAGCAAUAGUAAAAGCUACAUAUACAGUAAGAAGCUGUGUGCAUGGGUGGUGUGGGCGGACUCAUGCGACCCGGUGUGCCGCGCCGGGUCCGUGCACACCGCCACGCGCGUGCCCAGGUCGCUGCCAGCCGGAGCCAGCGCCCUCUACGAACACAAGCCCAAGCGGAGCAGCUUCCUCACCAGCAAUAAGUACAGCGCAGGCGCGGCGCGCAGCUGGCUGGAGACGCAGGUGUCGUCGUGCCUGCACCUGCGGCUGGCGGCGCACUACCGCCACUGGCUCACCUCGCUCUUCUCGCACCUCGUCAGCCACGGCACGGAAGACCAAUUAAGAAAUAUAUUGGACGACAUGUUAGGCCCCAGUCAUUGUACGUCAACGCCCAAGAAAUGGCAAUCCACAAUAUUGGGCAUAAAAAAACACGACAUGCUAGAAGAGAUGCUGUCACUCCUCGUGCGGCAGCUGCGCUGGCAGAGAAUGUACUCGGAGUACUCUGAGCAGCUGAACGACCUCAAGCAGACCAAAGGCGUCAUGAACGGCCACUGACGCCGCAUCAGUUUCGGUCCAGCCAGCCGACGGAGCGCAUAUGGCUGAACACGGAACGCGAAGUGACGAUUUUCUGCAUUGACUGAGAAAAUUAUAUACGGUGAGCGUGUCGAGACACAGUUUACGGUUACGGUGAAUUGCACCAGUCGAUUUUGACGUUGACUUUAACCUGCGCAUAUAAUGCAAAGGCGCUCGGCUUAAAGUCAAAGCUGACUGGUGCAAGUCAUCCUUGGUGUUGCUAUUAGUCAUCCGUCAUACCAAUAUUGUGACAGUGAAAAAAAAGAAAAAAAAAAUUCCGCUUAAGGUAAAUUUAUACUUACUCGUAUGUGACGUGACGUGAUGUGACUUGUCAAAACGAAAUAGUAUAGUUCAAAUUUUGUUGAAAGUCAUGACGCAAGCGGAAUUUGAAUAUAUCCAUAUUAUUCCAUACAAGCGAUACUGUUUUGCUCUAGUCACAUAAGUAUAAAUUUAACUUUACUCAGUUCUGCGCGCUGGGUUUUAUGCAGUCUGUCAAGAAAGUGGAUGAACUAUGUUAUUUUGCCAUUGCAAUACCAAAAGGCCAACAGGAAACAGCGCCCUUAUUUAAUUACGUCACUUUCCUGACAGACUGUAAAAGUCGGCACGCGACACAUUAGCGUCCUGUCCCGCGUCUUACAUAUUUAUAUUUCUAGUAAGAGUGAAAUGACUGAAAUUGCAAAUAUGACGAUGUGUAUAGUGUUCUCUGUCUAUGGGUUUUCUGUAUUUUCCCCUCACUCGUAGGACGUCAGGUCCAAGCAUCUCAGGUAGUACCGCAAUGUCUGUAUUCUUAAAACCGCACGGAAGACGUAGUUUGUUUGUAGGGUAGGAAAAUAAACGCUAAAUUAUUUUUGCUUUCUUCUUUUCGAGUGUGUUCUUGCUAAUACUGGUUAUUAUUCAAGUCGCCUAAAGGCGUCUGACUUGGCUUUUACGACUACCUACCGUCCCUUUAUAUAGGAACUUCGAAAUGCAAAAAAAAAGUUUUAGGCAUGUAUGACAACCUUUGGCUAAAGAAUUCAAGAAAUCUCUCAAUUAAGAGAGAGAGAGAGAGAUGAAUUAAUAACAAUACAUAUCCAGGUCAUUGAACUUUUUUCGGCCUGCCCAAAAACCGGACUAUAUUGACGAAUGAAUAGUAACUUCAGAAGUUGUCGUCAUAUUGACGUCAAUAGAAACGUGGAAAUAUAAAAUUGUGUUAUAAUAUUGAUACGAAAAAUAUUUAGUUUUAAGCGAUGUGGUGAUAUUUUUGUCAAAAACUGAUGCCAACGUGUGAUGUGUUAAUGCGUAUUAUUUUUUUAAUAUAAUGGUUUGAAUUGCCGCCUGUUCUUAUCGAGUAUUUAAUAUUUAAAUUGACUGCAACACCGCAGGAAACGUUAGCUAUAUUUAAUUAAAAGAAGGUUCGUGUUAAGUACCAAUUAUGUAUGUAGUUAUUUUAAUGGAAUUUGAAAUAUUUAAUCAUAUUCAAGCAAUAUUACGUCUCAAAAUGAUGUUAAUUUUAAAUAAUAAUAUUGUUAAUUGUAAAAUGGAUUUUUUUAAAAUUGCGAUAAAUAAUUUUCUUUAACCAACGCCCUCUAUUAUCCGUGUGCUAAUUAUUACAUUUCUAUUGUCUUAGAAAGUCGCAAUAUCGAAAAAUAAUCUGAUAUUGUCGACAAUGAGAUGUUUUUAAAUGAUGUGAUGACAAAAUCCCGCGGGAUUUGAAUCUCCGAGUCACCCACCAAUGUAUGUCACAUUAUGCCAGCUCCACACACUAUCUCCGACGUGUAUUAACGAACACUGCUUAGUUGGUAUCAGUGCUUUUAUUUACCGCAAUGAAACACCAGCAAUGUAUGUCGAAUCCGUCAAAGUUCCGCGAACUUUACCGCGAUAGUGUGGAGCCGGCACUAGACCUUUGUUGCCUUCUGUACUUUCACUGUCGAUAGUUAACUUGAGUAUUAUUUUAUCGAAGAAUAGACUAUCGAAACUACUAUUUUAAUAAUAAUAAACUCUACAAAGGGCCUUGGACGUGUUGGAGAGUAGACUAAGUGCCGUAAUUCAGGCUGUUGCUUGUGUAUAAAAUAAAAUAUGUAAAUGAUUUUAAUUGUUAAAUUUUAUUUAUAGUGAUAUUUAGUAGUUUCCAUCCUAAUCCUAACUAAUAUUAUAAAUGCGAAAGAAACUUUGUUUGCUACGAACAAUCUACUCAACCAAUCCUCAUUAAACUUUGCAUACAUAUAGUUCCUUUAUGUACCUUUCAUCCCGGAAAUAUAACUACUCCCGUGGGAAAUCCACGGGCAAAAGCUGGUUAAAGUAUAAUUGAAACUCGUUUUGACUUUUGGAACGUCAUACAAGCCGCAGACAUUUUUUGUUAUUUAUAUUUUUUUUGUUUUUGACACAUGUAAAAAAGUAUAAUUUCACUUGAUGGCAACUAGAGUACUACCACUUUUAUAAGUUACACCUAUGUACCUGCGCAGAAAUAUUUUUUGUGCAUCUGCGCCAAUCGCUAUUGGCUAAUGCGUACGCGCCAUGUCUGGAGUUGCCCUCAAGUGUAAUAUUGUACAAUUAUUAUGAGCGAGAUAGCACGACUCCUGUUGUUUUUGGAUUUAAAAUCUUAUGUAGUAGCAAUAAGUUCGUUAUUUCACUAAUGUUCUCAUUCGGCCAGAGUUGGCGGUCGGUUGUACUAUUCUGCGCCGUCGAACAAUGCCGAGGUUACUUAUAAACGUGGCCCGUGGCUUCGCCCGCGUGAUUUCCCACGGGAGUAGUCAUAUUUCCGGGAUGAAAGGUACGUACUGUACCAAAAUUUUUAAGAAGAAACUUAAUAAUGGUAAAUAAAUUAUUUCGGUUAAAUUAUGAACUAUCUAUUACUAAAUACUAUCGAUGCUAUUUUUCAGCUUCAACUCCUUUGAUAAUCUGCGAUAAACUAUCGAUAGUGGGCUAUAGAGUGGCAACACUACACGAGGUCUAGCGUAAAAGACCAAGGAACUAGAUUUACACAUUUUGAAUCGAGUUGUAAAUAUUUACUAUUAUAUGUGGUUUUUGCAGUGUGCAUUCAAUCACAUUGCAUGUAUGAGAGAAUUAUAUCUAUAUCAAGUAUACACCAAGUAGGUUAAGGAUGAACUAUGUUUUAAAUAUAUAUAUAAUCACCUGUUCAUAGUACGUAAUUUGUAAUGCUGGCUACACACUGUCGCCGAACUCGGACAUAUGUUUUUGCAUGCGUUUUUGCAUAUGACAUUGCGUAGUGUUUAUGGCUGUUUUUUUUUGUUAGUUGUUGACGUUUCCCACUGCUGGGUAAAAACCUCCCCUUCAGCCUGUUGCCCCGCAGGAACCCAUCAAUAUCGUCCCGUAAUCUCUUUCAGUCUCUUUCUUCUCUCUCAUCUUUUCAGUCUCCCUCUGCGCCUCCGCCCUUCUCGCAGCCAGUCGGGUCCAUCUCUGGACCCGGCGAUAAUGUAUAGUCGGCAUAAAACGUAGUAUAUAUCCGAAAGGUGCAUUUAAAUUUAAUUAGUGUUCAUACUUACGAUAAUAGAAAUUUCUGACAUAAAUUAUGCUACAUAUUUUGGACACGUUCAAUUGGUCCAACAUUUGUGAGUUAUGAUUUUUCAAAUUAUGGCUUGUUUGAUUGAUAAGUGCAACCAAUAUUUAAUUUCAAACUAAAAUAUAUUAAUUAGAUUAAUGGCUGCGUAUGUAUAGAAAUCAAAUUUACAUUUAUUCCGUUCUCUUUUAAAUUUCAAUUUCUAUACUCGGUGUUUGGAAUUUCUAGUCAAAUUUAUUUCCUAUUUAAUGAGUUAAGAAACACAAAUACUUUUCACUAUGUUUUUCCGCACUUUGGCGGACACAGGACUGUUAUAGCAGUAUAUAUUAAAACUUCAUAAUGCGCUUCGUCUAGUGUCCGUCAAAUCGUAACAUAGAAAUGGAUUUUCGACAAGGCUUUCACUGUAUAUGUAAUUGACUACAUUAAAUAGAAUUUAUUUAAUCAAUAAUUAUAAAUAUAUAACGGAAUAUGUAGUUAUUGGAAUGUAGUAUCAUGUUGCACCUCAUAUAUAUGACAAUAUAUUAAACAGCAAAUGUUACUUUGGUUGUAGUGCCUGCGAACUGUGCCAAUGUAAGAGCCGUUAAUGCAGCAAGACUGUUUGUAGAAAUAAAUAAUUUUCAUAAAUAUUUUGUUGUUAUUUUAAUAUCAUUCAUUUGUUCCGAAGAAAAUGUUCACGACGCCAGCAAACUUAAAAUAUGCACAUAUGCAUAAUGUAUCUUGACAAAAUGAAAGACAUUGCUUGUGGGAGGUCAGCCUUCUCAUCCUUUCUCUCUCAAGAUAUCAAAGCGGUGUAACAAAGAUGGCACGAGAAAUGAAACCGUUUCGCGGACAGACGAUACGGGCGCCCGCGGCCUGAAGAUUUCGAUUCUCGUACACUCUGAAUUUUAUUUAUUAUGCUUUAGAUUUGCAAAAAAAAUGCCUUAUUUACUGAAUUGUUAAGGGAAUGAUAAAGAAACAACCUUUUUGUAUCACAAUAAUUUAUUUUUACAAAUGGGUUAUAAGAUCACAACAGCGCUCACAAUGUUCAAGUUAAGUUGACAAAUGUUAAUAUUAAUCUCGUGAGUCCACGAACACCGGUAAAAUAGAGGCAUUUUCAAAAUGGAGAAUGAUUCUAUAUAAAGUUACAUAAACAACUGCACAAGGCACUCGGUGAGUUCAUUAAAAUU